GAAAGGGCGAAAAGGCCGAGAAGGAAAGACCGGAGGGGGAAAAAGGGUUGCAGCUGAAGUGGAUACCGUCAGGGGCAGGGGGGAGGAAGGCGAUGGGGGUGCAUGGGAUGGGGGAGGGAGCCGGAGUGGCGUGCAGGCUGUGCAAGGAGGGGUACGAUGAGAGUCGCUUCUACGUCGCCUGCAACUUCUGCGAUUCCUGGUUUCACGGUGACACACUGCAAUUAGACGAGCAGUUGGACAUUCCGAUCCUGCUCUACCUCAAGUGCAACCGCUGCCGUAAGAUCGCCAACAAGCUGCAUCCCUGCCGUCCAAACCACGUGGAUCCCCUUGAUUGGCCGCCACAUGGCACUGCUGCCGCUGCUCUCGACGAAACACCAGCAGAAGUGGCAGCAGGAGGAGCAGGGGCGGGGGGAGGAGCAGGAGGGAAAGGGGCGGGAGGAGGGGCGGGAGGAGGGGCAGGUAAGGGAGGGAAACGGGGAGGAGGUGCAAAGGGAGGCGGGAAGAGAAAGAGCAGCAGAGGCGCUGGGACUGUGGAGCAAUCACCUGCCUAUCCUGCUCAUGUUGGUGCUGGGGGGACAAUGGGUCAAGCCACCACAGCAACAGUGACUGCAGGGAACGGGGCAGCACCGGGUGUGAUUAUAACGACAGAGAACAUUGACCCGGAUUCGUUCUUCGACUCGCAAUUGACUGGAACAGGGGUUGGGAUGGGUGAGGAUGGGAUGGGCGGGGAUGGGAUGGGUAUGGCUGGUGCCGCGGCCGCAGGAGGGGAAGCAUGGGGCGGAGGAGGAGGGGGGGGCGGGAGAGUGGGGGAAGCGUGGGGAGGAGGAGGGGGAGGGGGAGCGGAUGUGGUGGAGGGUGGUGAGGAUGGGUGGGCUCUGUUCCAGGUGGACUUUCAGGUGGAUUGUCAGGUGGAUUGCCUGGUGGAUUGUCAGGUGCAUUCCCAGGUGGUUUUCCAGGUGGCAAUCUUCCUGCAGCAACAACAGCAGGUGGAGGCAGCAGAGGAGGAAGUGGGAAAGGAGGAAGAGGAGGGGCAGGAUUAA